UCAAGUCUGAAGGAAAAAAAAAAACUCCUCAAAACUGCUCUACACCACUGCAACGAAGAAGGCGGAGAAGAAGAAGUUGAGAGAAACGGCGCCGUGAAAACGGAAUUCGUCACUGAGUGGAGAAAGCUAUAUAAAUCAGAAAGAGUGAUGGACUCAUCAAAAUGGUGGUGGAUUGGAAAUCACAACACUACAAAUUUCUCUCCUUGGCUUCAUUCUACUCUCUCUGAGUUGGAUGAAAAGACUAAGGAGAUGCUGAGAGUGAUUGAUGAGGAUGCGGAUUCUUUCGCCGCACGAGCUGAGAUGUAUUAUAAGAAAAGACCUGAGCUUUUAGCUAUGGUUGAGGAAUUCUAUCGUUCACAUCGCUCUUUGGCCGAGAAGUACGACUUGUUGAGACCUUCUUCUGUGCACAGACAUGGCUCAGAUACUCAUGACAAGUCAUCAACUUGUGAUGUGUCUUCUUGGUCUGAGGCUUGCGAGACUCAUGAGGAGUACGCAGAGUCUGAAGUUGAUGACGGUGAAACAAAAUGGGUCGAUGAAGGUGAAAUUGAUGGCAUUGUCGAGGAAAUGGAAUCAUCGCAAGUCGAUUAUGGUGAAGAUAAUGGAGACUGUGAGACGAUGAAGGAAGAGAUAGAGAGGCUGAGAGAGGAGAACAAGGUUUACAGUGAAAUGGUGGUGGAGAAAGACGAAGAGAAGAGAGAAGCUAUAAGGCAAAUGAGUUUAGCAAUACAAAUGCUUAAAGAAGAGAACUCAGAGCUCAAGAAACGUUUUCCUACUACUGUUGCUGCAAAGAACAAGGAAGGUGAUAGUUCUCAGGGGAAGCAACAAAUGUGGAAGCCGUUUGAGUUUAAGAAGACUAAGCUUGAAGGGUUGUGGGGGAAAGUAGCAGGAAACUGGGUUCUCCCAAACACAGAUUCAACUGCAAGAGAGCUCGUGACUCUAUAAACAGAGUGGUCUAUGUGAUGAAGAAGAGAAACUGAGGGCUUUUCGUUAAAGGUUAAACAUCUUUUGAACUCUGUAAGAGAGGUAGGGUAUAAUCAAGUAGUAGUUAGUGUGUAAGGUUUAGUUAUAGGCUUAUCGCCAAGUCCAUGGAAGUUUGUUUUACAAUAUCUAUGUAGUUGGUUUUUUGUUUUGCUUAUUUAAUAGCUGUUCUUUCUUUCAAAAUCAAUUUUUUUUGUUCUUUGAAUAUCUCUGUUGUAAGUUAUUUUUCUGUGUACUAGAAUGGUUAUAAUAAGUUGUUGUUACAAGUUUUGACCAUUA